GAGACACACGGCAGCUGCCCUCACAAGAGCUCCUCAUCUCCGGCCGUCCGCUAAUCCAACGCACCCGGCAGUCAUGAAGAUUUUCCUUGCUUUCGUCUUGCUGCAUCUUUCAGCUUUUCAGGAAACAUAUCAACGCCAAGUCCCCGGUGUUGCUACGGUAACAGGUGGCCCCGUCCGAAAUGACGCUGACACUGAGAUAAGCAAGUACGACGGCCUCAAUAUGCAAAACAUAUCAGCUGGCUCGAUGGAAGGAACAGAUCGACGCAACAGCAGCAUCAACGCCACACUCCUCGAAUCAGACAUCGCCGGAUCGGGCUCAUUUUCCAACGACACUACUAGCGAAGAGGGUGCUGAAGAAAAGAAGCCCAAAUACUUCCAUGAUGAGACGAAGGGAAUAGUGGCAAUCUUCAUAAUGGCUACAAUGGUUGCUGGAUUAUUCUUGUCGCCUGUGUUGAGGCAGUAUGGGAAUAAUUACAUAUGCAAGAAGCCCCGUACUGUACAAGAGCAAGCUGAUUUUCCUCCUAGGUAUCAAGAUUUGCUGCAGCGUGAUUAUCUGUGAUCAGAACAUUCACAAUGAACAGUCCGUUUCGGACAAUCUGCUACCUCAGUCCUAUAGGUUGCAAAAUAGCAGUACUGUUCGAUUCGAGGGUAGUAGGUUCGAGUUUCUGUAGGAGCAAGUACCUUCAUUGCUGUGUCCAGGACUGUAGGUAAAAGCUAAGGUGGAAUGAACCCCAGAUUGUUCAUAAAUGUUGUUAUUCGUCUAUUUGGCAUACUUGGUAAUUAGGUUUCAUCAUUGUCAGUGAGUUACUACAGAAAUGAGAAGCAAAUGCUAUUUUAAUAUACAGAUAUAAAGUGUGAAGAAACGGACCUUUCAAUUACUUGAUGUUUCUACUUAGUGAAGCAAUACUCAUUUUUAUCCAACAUUAGAUAUAAAGUGUGAAGAAACGGACCUUUCAAUUACUUGAUGUUUCUACUUAGUGAAGCAAUACUCAUUUUUAUCCAACAUUAGAUAUAAAGUGUGAAGAAACGGACCUUUCAAUUACUUGAUGUUUCUACUUAGUGAAGCAAUACUCAUUUUUAUCCAACAUUAUUAAACUUGACCGCCAGCAGCAACUGUAAAUAUAUUUUCAAUAAAUAAUGUAUACAGCCAGUCGGUUGUAUAUAGUUUCUUAUAAUCAGCCUUGACCAAGUGGGAAAAUAGGAAGAAUUACUCUACAGGUACAGUUUAUUAUAAGAACAAACUUGGAGUUCAAUGUUAGUUUUUAUAGCAAGCUGUACAUGUGUAGUAAUCCUUGCUGUUUCUCGUGGAGGAGUUAAUCUAUAAUUUCUACUAUUUGACUUGUGCACUUUAGCUCGUAAUGUACAUGUAGACUUUAAACUUAAUGAGACUUUAUUGCUUCUGAAGGCGAUACCUCUGGUGGUGUUGAAACUUGGUCAAGGCUUAUUACAAUAAACUUUAUGCAACCAACUGGCUAUUUACAUCCUUUAUUGAAAGAUUCAUUUGUAUAUAAACCUAUGUUGCUUUAAUAUCAUCAGCUAAACCUUGAAAUUGUUUGGCAAGGAACCUGCAGAAUGAUAAAUAUUUCAUAGCUUCGAAUGGGAGGAACAGAAAUGUCCAAUAUACUUUGGAGUUAGAUUCAUUCAAGAAAACGAUUACCUAUGCGACCCACAGAAACAUCAGUAAUAGAUAGUUUUAGAAUUUACUGCUUAUAUUUCUCUUAACUCUGUGCUCCUUUUACA